AUGUCCGACCAAGACGUUCAUCCAAGCAAAUACAACAAAUUGCGAAGUACCUAUAAGUACUACAUCGAUUCAUAUAUUGCAUUGUAUCAGCUAAAAACGGACAACGAAGAAGAAUUAAACAAGAUUUACAAAAUGAUCAAAACAGAAUUGAUUGAUUCAAAGAAAUUUCCACCUCAAAUAAUUAUGAACGAUAUUUUAAGUAUCAUUCUGUACAACAAUCGCUAUGCAAAGUCAUAUUUAUUCCUUGCAAAACUCAUUUAUGAUGAAUAUCAUGUGGAAGAAUUCAACCAUCUCAUGUAUCUUCCAAACAUCCUGUUUUAUAAAGAAUAUGGAAUUAAAUUAGACAAAUCUGACAAUUUUGAAGAAGAUUAUCCAGAAAACAUCGAUAUUCAUACAGAAGAUACAAUUUACAGAGCAAUCAUGAAUAAUGACUUAGAAAGAUUCAUCACAUUCACUGAAAUAGAUGGAUUUGAUAAAGAUCAAAAACUUAAAAGCGAUUUAUAUCCAUAUUCUGGCAAAGGAUAUUCAUUAUUUGAAUUAUGUUGUUACCAUGGAGCAGUUGAUUGUUUCAAGUUAUUAAGAACAAAAUUCAGCUCAGAAAUAACUCAAAAAUGUCUCAGAUUUUCAUUUUUAGGAAGAAACAAAGAGAUCAUGAGUGAAUGUUUGAAACAUCAAGAACCAAAUGAAAAAUGCAUGGAAUAUGCAAUUAUUUCACAUAACAUUGAUUUUGUUACAUUCUUGAUGAAUGAAUACAAUAUAGAGAUCGAUUUAGAAUAUUGUGGAAUCUUUAAUAAUCUUGAAUCCUAUUUAGUUUAUUUCGAUCAAACUAAUGAUAUAAACAAAUGUUUUGUUUGUUCACCGAUUUUUAAUAUUCCAUCCCUUUUGGAAUACUUUCUUUCACAUGGUGCGAAUAUCAAUGAAAAAGAUAACGAUGGAAAAACCGCACUUUAUAUUGCAGCUGGAAUAAAUCGUAAAGAAAUUGCUGAAUUUCUUAUUUCACAUGGUGCUAAUAUCAAUGAAAAAAAUAACGAUGGAGAAACCGCACUUCAGGAUGCAGCACGGCAUAAUAGUAAAGAAAUAGCCGAACUUCUUAUUUCACAUGGUGCAAAUAUUGAAGAAAAAAAUGAUUAUGGAGAAACCGCACUUCAUAUUGCAGCACGGCAUAAUAGUAAAGAAAUUGCCGAACUUCUUAUUUCACAUGGUGCAAAUAUCAAUGAAAAAAAUGAUUAUGGAGAAACCGCACUUCAGGAUGCAGCACGGCAUAAUAGUAAAGAAACAGCCGAACUUCUUAUUUCACAUGGUGCAAAUAUUGAAGAAAAAAAUGAUAAUGGAUAUACCUUACUUCAUAUUGCAGCUUGGAGUAAUAGUAAAGAAAUUGCUGAAUUUCUUAUUUCACAUGGUGUUAAUAUCAAUGAAAAAAAUAACGAUGGAAAAACCGCACUUCAUUAUGCAGCAUUGUUUCGUUAUGAAGAAAUAGUUGAACUCCUUAUUUCGCAUGGUGCGAAAAAAUAA